AUGCUUUAUCACUUCGAGAAAGGUCACACUGCCGCUGAAGCAUUUCGCGAUCUCAACAAACUCUUCGGUGAAGGAACAAUCGGUGAAAGACAAGUCCGAAGAUGGUUCAAUCGUUUCAAAUCCGGCAAUACAAGCUUAGAAGAUGAGGAAGGAAGAGAUCGUCCGUCUGAUUUUGAUAAUCAAGCUCUUUUGCAAGCGGUAGAAGAAGACGAAAGUUUGACGACACGGAUGUUGGCCGAGCAAUUCGACGUCGCCCAGUCCACCAUUGUUAGGCGACUCAAAAAGCUCGGAAAAGUAUGGACAUUGGUUGGAUGGGUCCCACACGAACUCUCCAAUGAUAACAAGGCCGAGCGAGUCCAUCUCUCCAAAUCCACUUCUCCAGUUCUUUGUCAUCGGCGAUGA